AUGAGCGUUGCGUGUGUUUUGAAGAGAAAAGCAGUACUCUGGCAGGACUCGUUCAGCCCCCACCUGAAACAGCACGCUCAAGAUACAGCUAAUCCCAACAUGCCUGUUGUACUGACAUCUGGAACAGGGUCCCAGGCUCAGCAACAGCCAGCUGCAAAUCAAGCCCUUGCAGCAGGGACGCACUCCAGUCCUGUUCCUGGAUCCAUAGGAGUUGCAGGCCGCUCCCAGGACGACGCGAUGGUGGAUUACUUCUUCCAGAGGCAGCAUGGUGAGCAGCUUGGGGGAGGAGGAAGCGGUGGAGGCGGCUAUAAUAACAGCAAACAUCGCUGGCCUACUGGGGAUAACAUUCAUGCAGAACAUCAGGUCCGUUCCAUGGAUGAACUGAAUCACGAUUUUCAAGCGCUUGCUCUGGAAGGACGGGCUAUGGGAGAGCAGCUGUUGCCGGGUAAAAAGUUUUGGGAAUCUGAUGAUUCCAGCAAAGAUGGACCAAAAGGGAUAUUUCUGGGAGAUCAGUGGAGAGACAGUGCUUGGGGAACAUCAGAUCACUCUGUUUCCCAACCAAUUAUGGUUCAGAGAAGACCUGGUCAGGGCUUUCAUGUGAAUAGUGAAGUCAACUCAGUGCUUUCACCACGGUCAGAGAGUGGAGGACUUGGAGUUAGCAUGGUGGAGUAUGUGUUGAGCUCAUCUCCUGGAGAUUCCUGCCUAAGGAAAGGAGGAUUUGGGCCAAGGGAUGCAGAGAACGAUGAGAAUGACAAAGGGGAUAAGAAAAAUAAGGGCACAUUUGACGGCGAUAAAUUAGGAGAUCUGAAGGAGGAGGGGGACGUAAUGGAUAAAACAAAUGGUUUGCCUGUGCAGAAUGGAAUCGACGCAGAUGUCAAAGACUUCAGCCGCACACCUGGUAAUUGCCAGAACUCUGCGAGUGAAGUAGAUCUUCUGGGGCCAAACCAGAAUGGAUCAGAGGGCUUAGCCCAGCUGGCGAGUACUAAUGGUGCCAAGCCGGUGGAGGAUUUCUCCAACAUCGAGUCCCAGAGCGUCCCUCUGGAUCCCAUGGAGCACGUUGGCAUGGAGCCUCUUCAGUUUGAUUAUUCUGGCACUCAAGUACCUGUGGACUCGGCCGCAGCAACCGUGGGGCUCUUCGAUUACAAUUCCCAGCAGCAGUUGUUCCAAAGACCGAAUGCACUUGCUGUCCAGCAGCUAACAGCAGCGCAGCAGCAGCAGUACGCCUUGGCAGCUGCCCAUCAGCCUCACAUAGGUUUAGCUCCUGCUGCCUUUGUCCCCAAUCCGUACAUCAUCAGCGCCGCUCCGCCGGGAACAGAUCCGUACGCCGCCGGACUUGCAGCAGCCGCGACGUUAGGUCCGGCGGUCGUUCCUCACCAGUACUAUGGAGUUACACCCUGGGGAGUUUAUCCUGCCAGUCUCUUCCAGCAACAAGCCGCCGCGGCUGCCGCUGCAACUAAUUCAGCAAAUCAGCAGACCACUCAGCAAACCCAGCAGGGCCAGCAGCAGGUUCUCCGCGGAGGAGCCAACCAGCGUCCUUUGACCCCAAAUCAGAACCAGCAGGGCCAGCAGACCGUUGCGCCAGCCGUCAAUUCUGCCCUCGCCUUUGGACAAGGGCUGGCAGCGGGGAUGCCAGGUUACCCAGUGCUGGCUCCUGCUGCUUACUACGACCAAACAGGUGCUCUGGUGGUGAACGCAGGGGCCAGGAAUGGCCUGGGGGCCCCUGUCCGGCUGGUAGCCCCUGCCCCAGUCAUCAUCAGCUCCUCCGCGGCGCAAGCAGCGGUUGCAGCGGCUGCAGCUUCGGCCAACGGUGCAGCGGGUGGCCUGGCGGGAACGACAAACGGACCAUUUCGCCCUCUGGGAACUCAGCAGCCCCAACCCCAGCCCCAGCAGCAGCCCACCAACAACCUGGCAUCCAGCUCGUUUUACGGCAACAACUCUCUCAGCAGCAAUUCCCAGAGCAGCUCGCUCUUUUCUCAGGGCUCUGCCCAGCCUGCCAACACUUCCCUGGGAUUCGGAAGCAGCAGCUCUCUCGGUGCCACGCUGGGGUCUGCGCUGGGAGGAUUUGGGACAGCAGUUGCUAACUCCAACACGGGCAGUGGCUCCCGCCGAGACUCCCUUACAGGGAGCAGUGACCUGUACAAGAGGACAUCCAGCAGUUUGACACCUAUAGGACACAGUUUUUAUAAUGGCCUUGGGUUUUCCUCCUCUCCUGGACCUGUGGGAAUGCCUCUGCCCAGCCAAGGACCUGGCCACUCUCAGACUCCACCACCUUCCUUAUCUUCACACGGAUCAUCUUCAAGUUUAAACCUGGGAGGGCUCACGAAUGGCAGCGGCCUCUUCCCCUCGUCUCGCUUGCGCUAUGGGAUGUCGGAUGUCAUGCCCUCCGGCCGAAGCAGGCUGCUGGAAGACUUUCGCAAUAACCGGUACCCUAAUUUACAGCUGAGGGAGAUUGCUGGGCACAUCAUGGAGUUCUCCCAAGACCAACAUGGAUCCAGGUUUAUUCAGCUGAAACUGGAGCGUGCUACCCCAGCAGAACGUCAGCUUGUGUUCAACGAGAUCCUCCAGGCAGCUUAUCAGUUGAUGGUCGAUGUAUUUGGAAAUUAUGUCAUCCAGAAGUUCUUUGAAUUUGGCAGCCUGGAACAGAAGUUAGCCUUGGCAGAACGUAUCCGUGGGCACGUUCUGUCCCUGGCUCUGCAGAUGUACGGCUGCAGGGUGAUCCAGAAGGCCCUGGAGUUUAUUCCCCCAGACCAGCAGAAUGAGAUGGUACGGGAGUUGGAUGGCCACGUCCUGAAGUGCGUGAAAGACCAGAACGGUAACCACGUGGUGCAGAAGUGUAUUGAGUGCGUGCAGCCUCAGUCCCUGCAGUUUAUCAUUGAUGCAUUUAAGGGACAGGUUUUUGCGUUGUCUACACAUCCAUAUGGCUGUCGCGUGAUCCAGAGGAUCCUCGAGCACUGUCUUCCUGAGCAGACCCUUCCCAUCUUGGAGGAACUUCACCAACACACCGAACAGCUUGUUCAGGAUCAGUAUGGGAACUAUGUUAUCCAGCAUGUACUAGAACAUGGUCGGCCUGAAGAUAAGAGCAAGAUUGUAGCAGAAAUUAGAGGCAACGUGCUGGUGUUGAGUCAACAUAAAUUUGCUAGCAACGUGGUGGAGAAGUGCGUCACUCACGCCUCGCGUACGGAGCGCGCCAUGCUGAUCGACGAGGUGUGCACGAUGAACGACGGCCCUCACAGUGCCUUAUACACCAUGAUGAAAGACCAGUACGCCAACUACGUGGUGCAGAAGAUGAUCGAUGUGGCAGAACCGGCUCAGCGGAAGAUUGUCAUGCACAAGAUCCGGCCUCACAUCGCUACCCUGCGUAAAUACACCUACGGCAAACACAUUUUGGCCAAGCUGGAGAAGUACUACAUGAAGAACGGGGUGGACCUGGGGCCCAUCUGUGGGCCACCCAACGGCAUCAUUUGAAGCAGCGAACUGGGAAGGAGCUCCUUGGCCACCCGGCACCUACAACCAGCAACCGACAAUAUUCCAAUAUACAGUUAGAAAAGGUUUUAUGGUUGCUAAACUGCUAAAAAAAAAAAAAAAAAGGAAGGAAAAAAAAGAAAAAGCCUUUGUAAAUUUCUUUAAUUUUAUUAUGCAUAACAUGUACUAAUUAUUUUUUUUAAUUAACUAAUUGCCCUGCUGUUUUACUGGUGUAUAGAAUACUUGUACAUAGGUAUCAAAUGUACAUGGAAGGCCACAUUUUUGUUCACUGUUGUAUCUAUAUUCCAAAUGUGGAAACUUUCAGGGUGGUUGGUUUGAAGAAAACAAACAAAAAUAAUGUUUUUAAUUCAUCUGCCUUGCAGGCAACUUUUUUGCAAAUACC